GAUUGACACACUAUAUAAUUUCAGUGAAGAUGAGAAAGAAGUAAACCAUUUUCUUCUUUUGUAUUGUCCACGCCACGCCUCUCAGGUCCACUGGCCACGCUCUCUUCUCUGACCCACCAUCAUCACAGACGCCAUUAAACCUCUCUCUCUCUCUCUUCCAUUUAUGUGCCUGUUACCCACCGCUACAAUCUCUCUGUUCUUCUCUUUUUUCCUCACCGAAUGUUUGUAAACCAAUCCCAACUCUCGAAUUUUCUGGAAUGUCGAUUUCUUACUGAUAAUUUUGCGCCGUUAGACCAAAGGGUUUUGUUGAAUUUCUUGCUCGUUCUUCUUUUGGGUUUUUAAUUUGGGGUUUCUUCAAAUGAUGGGUUGUUGGUUCGCUUAAUCGGGGUUAGAUUCGUUCACAGUGGCGGACCGAGAAGAUGGGUGGUGUUACUUCGUCCAUGGCGGCGAAACUCGCUUUUUUCCCACCGAAUCCGCCUUCGUACAAACUUGUUACCGAUGAAUAUACCGGUCUUUUGCUUCUAAGCCCUUUUCCUCAUCGUGAAAAUGUUGAGAUUCUUAAGCUGCCCACUCGUCGUGGUACUGAGAUUGUUGCUGUCUUCAUUCGCUACCCUAUGGCCACCUCGACGUUGCUUUACUCUCAUGGAAACGCCGCUGAUCUGGGCCAGAUGUACGAGCUUUUCAUUGAAUUGAGCAUUCACCUUCGUGUUAACAUCAUGGGGUAUGACUAUUCAGGGUAUGGCCAAUCAACUGGAAAGCCAAGUGAGCAGAAUACAUAUGCAGAUAUUGAAGCUGUAUACAAGUGUCUUGAAGAAAGUUAUGGUACUAAGCAGGAAGAUAUCAUCCUGUAUGGCCAAUCAGUUGGAAGUGGCCCCACUUUGGAUCUUGCAGCUCGGCUGCCUCUUUUAAGAGCUGUAAUUCUUCAUAGUCCUAUACUUUCUGGUUUAAGAGUCAUGUAUCCAGUGAAGCGUUCGUACUGGUUCGACAUUUAUAAGAAUAUUGACAAAAUUCCUUUGGUUGAUUGUCCUGUUCUUAUCAUCCACGGAACUUCAGAUGAUGUGGUUGAUUGCUCACAUGGUAAGCAACUCUGGGAAUUAUGCAAAGAAAAGUAUGAACCACUGUGGAUUAAAGGAGGAAACCACUGUGAUCUGGAGCUCUAUCCGGAGUAUAUUAAGCACCUGAAGAAGUUCAUAUCAACGGUGGAGAAAUCCCCAUCCCAGAGAUACAGUUCCAGGAAGAGCACAGACCAGUUAGAGAAACCUCGAAGGAGUGUUGACUUUUUCGAAGUUUCGAGGAAGAGCACAGAUAGGCGAGAGAAACCAAGGCAGAGCACCGAUAGGCAUGAAAAAAAGAAGAGCCAGUAUGGUACUACAGAUAAAUUAGAGAAAACGAGAAUGUCAGUUGACCAUAAAGAAAGGUCACGCAAGAGCGUCGAUUGUCACGAGAAGUCUAGAAAAAGUGUUGAUCAUCAGUUUGAACGAGCAAGAAAGAGUGUCGAACGACUUGACAGAAUACACACCGGAUAAUUGUUGUUGGGUAUAGCAAAAUUGUUUCUAAGGAACAGGAGUGGGAUUGUAAGAAUUUCACAGAUCUUUUUUUUUUAUGUUCUAUGUAUUAACUUAUGGUCCUUUUGAUGUGUAGUUUACCUUCUGAAAGUUUGAAUUAACUAUCAUGAAAUGAGAAAAGGACAUGGUGUCCUGUUUGUUCUUGUUUCCAUUACCAA